AGAAAAUGGCGUCCAUGGAUUACAGUACCUACAGCCAAGCUGCAGCCCAGCAGGGCUACAGUGCUUACACUGCCCAGCCCACUCAAGGAUAUGCACAGACCACCCAGGCAUAUAGGCAGCAAAGCUAUGGAACCUAUGGACAGCCCACUGAUGUCAGCUAUACCCAAGCUCAAACCACUGCAACUUAUGGGCAGACUUCCUAUGUGACUUCUUAUGGACAGGCUUCCACUGUUUAUACUACUCCAACUGCCCCCCAGGCAUACAGCCAGCCUGUCCAUGGGUAUGGCACUGGUGCUUAUGAUACCACCACUGCUACAGUCACCACCACCCAGGCCUCCUAUGCAGCUCAGUCUGCUUAUGGCACUCAACCUGCUUACCCAGCCUAUGGGCAGCAGCCGGCAGCUACCGUACCUACAAGACCACAGGAUGGUAACAAGCCUGCUGAGACUAGUCAACCUCAGUCUAGCACAGGGGGUUACAACCAGCCUAACCUAGGAUACGGGCAGAGUAACUACAGUUAUCCCCAGGUACCUGGGAGUUACCCCAUGCAGCCAGUCACCGCACCUCCAUCCUACCCUCCUACCAGCUAUUCUUCUACACAGCCGACUAGUUAUGAUCAGAGCAGUUACUCUCAGCAGAACACCUAUGGGCAGCCGAGCAGCUAUGGACAGCAGAGUAACUAUGGUCAACGAAGCAGCUAUGGGCAGCAGCCUUCCACUAGUUACUCCCCCCAAACUGGAUUCUACAGCCAGGCUCCAAGUCAAUAUAGCCAACAGAGCAGCAGCUACAGGCAGCAGAGUGAGUUGCUAAGAGAGAAAACCAAAUAA